AUGACUGCGAUCGUCAUAUCUACUAAGCCUCCGGGUAGUGCGCACCUCAACAUUACACUGGAUGACUGGAGCUCCGUACGGUUAGAAGUCCCGCUUGAUUACUGGGAUCCCUCCCGGGGAGUCACGGCCGUCGCCUUCCUCAAGCUUUCCGCUACUAAUGCAACAAGCAACACCCGCAGUCUGCUUAUCAACCCAGGCGGGCCCAGGGGCUCAGGUAUCGAAUCCAUCUUCUCGCAAGGCCUAGCAUUGGCGGGUCUUCUGCAAGGCCAGCAUAACAUCGUCGGCUUUGACCCACGCGGGGUUGGUCUUAGCGGUCCGAGUGUGGACUGCUGGCCUGGAAACCCAGAAGGACGAGCGCAGUUUGAGAGCUCUACUUCCCGGAAAUCUACAAUGCCUCUUCCACCGCGUUCCAUUGUCGGUGGCUUGAAUGGCUCUGCAGCGUUUGUGAGCACGCCGGCCGUGGCGCGCGACAUGCUUUCAUUCGUCGAGGCCGAACAGAAGCAAAGACCGGCGAAGAAUGAGAGCGACAACGAACAGGCAAAGCUCUGCUGGGGGAAAGGAACGCUACGCAUUCUGGGGCCCGUCUGUACACGACAUCAGAUCCCAACUCGACGCCCUCUUGCAAAACCUGAAAUACAACCCUAUUCCUUUUCCACCGAGCGUUACUACCUGUCUUUUACCAAUGCUAGCAACCUAUUCCGAUCUCAGUUCAUCUUUCAAGCCAUGUACAUACCGGCCGAGAGAUUACCCAAACUCGCAGCUAUCCUGGCUGGCCUAGAACAGAGCAAUACGACUGCCUACGCCAUCGCAGUGACCGGCGGCACCAUCCCUGCAAGCCCGUGCAACUAUGCCCCGAGCACGGCGACAAGGGACGUCGACACUCUGAAAAAAUGUGUGGACGGUGCCGGUGAAAAGCGGUUCAGGAGCAUUAGCCAGUUUGAGGACUAUGUGGAUGUCCUAACGUCGCAAAGCGAGUUCUUCGGCGAGGUCUGGCCAAAUAACGCUAAUGGUGUCGCUUGCAGAGCUUUUGAAGUGUCACCGCCAGAAACGAAGAAGCUCAAAGACACAAUUCUCGACAGCCGACAAACAGCAAGUCGAAUCCUCUUCGUGACCACCGAAGUUGACCCCGUCGCUCCAAAGAGAGGUGCCAAUAAGAUGUCCUCCGUUUUUCCCGGCUCCGCAGUUCUCAUCCAACACUCAGUCGGACAUACUGCGUUUCUCAGAUUAUCGAUCUGCUUCGCGCGACGGAUCCGGGAUUAUCUGCUGAGUGGGCAGUUGCCUCCCCCGAAUAGUACGUGUCAGGCCGAUGCAGAGCCCUUUUGGUGAGAAUUUCGCUGCUAAGUCUGGGUAUGGAUUUGGGGGUUGGUUGGUUCCUUUGUAUAGGGCUUGUCGGAAUUAUCAAUUCUUUGCACAUGAAUGUAUGUAAUGGUUUUCCGGAGGCAAUUUAGGCUCGGAUAGUCUUCGU